AUGGCGGCCUGCAUUUGCGAUCCCCCAAGUCUGCAGUGGCAAAACGGGGAUCAUGUCACCGAGGUGCUGUCUCAGGGUUCACCAUCCGGUCAGCGCAGAAUCUCGCUCCAGAAGUCCUUGGCACUCGACUUUCCUUCGACCUGGCGCCGGGAGGUGUCCGGCUCUGACUCACCAGCGUCACCAUCACGCUUCCCCCUUCCCAUCGGGCACAGCCUCGCCGAGAAGCUAGGAGGUGGAAGAACAGGAGUCGUUUACAGAAUCGUUCGGAGCUCCGACGGCGAGUCCUUGGCGGCGAAGUGCGUGCAAUAUCUGGAUGAAGAGGUUCGAAAAAUCACCAUUCAGGAGUAUGAGCUCUUGUCGUCCCUCAAGCACAGCGGCAUUGUCCAGGCUUACAGCCUUCUCUGCACAGACAGCUCGAUGUGUCUCCUGCUGGAGUUUUGCGAGCAAGGUAGCAUGCAGCAAUACCUGGAGCAGAAUGGCCUCUUCGAAGAGAAAUCUGCCCUUGGACUCUUCCGGCAGCUUAUAGGAGCUGUCGACUUCUUGCAUCAGAGACGUAUCGUUCACAGAGACAUCAAGCCCGACAACUGCCUCCUGAAGGAUGGGGCACGAGCCCUGAAGCUCACCGACUUCAACAGCGCAAAGGUGAUCGGUCAAGGCGUCGGCAGCACGGUAAUGCUCAGUGAGCGCGGCACGAAGGAUUUCUCCGCACCCGAAUUGCUUCUAGGUGGUCUCUGGAAUGAGCGUGUCGAUAUCUGGGCGAGUGGUCUUUGCCUUUACUUCAUGCUUCGCGGGUCUCAUCCGUGGACAUCUUUCCAACACGCGAAGAAAGCGUUCAUGGCCGGAUGCCUGCCGCAAGCUCUUCAACUGCAAGCUGCAGAUUUUUCGGCGGAGUGGGUGAGGGUAUGUGAGGAUUAA